AUGUUUGGCAAUAAAACCGGCUGCGGUUUGGCGAACUCUAUUCGCCGCAAUUUGAGAAAGAGAAAGAGUUUGUUCUCCUCUUCUAGUUUAUUUGCUGAAUACAAUCUUAUCCCUCCUGAAGAUGCUCCGGAUGCCCGAGUAAAAAAUGCUAAACAAAAAGCUGCUAUUUAUCCUUUAACUCGUAAAUUUUUGGAUAAUUUAUUGGCUACUCCUAUUGAAGAAAUUCCGAAAAUUGAAACUGAGCCGGAGGUGAAAAAAACCUACACUAGAAGAGGAGAACAAACUCUUUCUCUUUCUCAAAUUGCGGCGAAUAGAGUUCGCCAAACCGCAGCCGGUUUUAUUGCCAAACAUAGCUACCAUCCGGACAGCGAUAUAGUAAAAGAAAAAGCCGCUGAAUUAACUCUCUUAUUUAAUGAAUAUUUUCAACUUAAAGAUGAUUUACCCAAAAAAGACUACGACAAAGGAACAACUUAUUUCACUGACCAACUCUAUGAUACAAAUUUCAUGGAAGCCCGUCCGCCCAUUAGUAUAGACGAAAUUGAUGAUAAAGAAUACCGAAACAUUAAAAAAGACCGAGAAGAAACCCCCGCUCCUAAACAAAACAUUUACUCAAAAAUUCUUUCCGUUGAUGUUGGAAGUAGAUUUUCCUCUGUCCUACCAGAAAACUGUGUAGUUUGUGAACUUUAUGAACCUAUUAAAAUUGAUGAACAACGCAAAGUUAAAUAUAUUUGUUUUCCCAAGGACCGUAAAGAUGAAUUAGACGAUGAUUUUACUUUCCAAGAUAUCGGUCAAUUGACUACUCUUCCGCAGGAGUUAGAAUUUACUUUAUCAGAGAACGUUUCAGAUGAUAAUUUUAUUGCUUCCGAUAGAUACUUAACCGUAAAAAUUGAAGACCUAAAGAUUCCGGAUUUACCAACUAUUUCUCGACUUCACUUGUUUGUCAAAAGAGACAAGGCCAAAGUAUCCGAUCUGAAAGAAGGAGAUAAAAUUAAAAUUAGCGGUAUUAAAUGGAAUAAACCAGGAAGCGAGGGAUUAGACUCCAAAGUUAAAUUUGAUUUUGAUGGCAACACUAACACUUAUUCUAUUCUCAAUAUUAACCAAUUUUAUGAUAAUUUAGAGCAAGGAUUAUCAACUUCUCUCAUCAAAAAAAUUGAAAAGAGACUAGCCACUAUCUCUAAAAUCCCUGCUGAUGAAACGGAUGAGGCGGCAAGAGAUUUUUUCGCCGAGGUUGCUAAAAUAUUAAUUGAUGAAACUUACAACUUAAAAUAUGAUGAUAAAGGUGAUGAAAAAGAAGGCUAUGAUGAAAAUAUUUUAAAAGAAAAAGUUGCUAAUUUAAGAAAAUACAUUGAAACUUACCGUGAAGAAAGUGAAAUAGAGGUUUACAAAGACAGAGAGGACCAACUUCGUAAAUUAGGAGUAGAAGUUAACAAACCGAUUAUUACUAACAUUCUCCAAGAAAUAGACGAAUUCAUUAACAUUAGCAAACAACAAUUACGAGAUAAAUUAAGUGAAAUUGCUACAAAUCACGAAUUUAAUGUUGAUGAUAUUUUAAAAAAUUUUAACAUAAAUGAAGGAAUUAAAAUUGAUGGGGUAAAACAUGGGAAAGAUGACGCGGCUAAUAGAAUUUUAAAUCAAAAACAUUUCAAAGACUUUUUUGGAGGAGAAAAUAAAUUUACUGCUUAUAAAUCAACGGGCAAUG